CAUCAGUUUGUCGAAACGAAAGAGAAAGUGCUUGGCUGUCUUUGGCUGCUUGCACAGCGAGCUCUUUGUCCGACGAUGAGAUUAUACAAUAUGUUUUGGACUUUUGGCGGUCUUAUCCUAGCAUUUUUAUGCUUAGGUGUAACUGGCUCACAGUCUCUUUAUGAUGUUCAGUGGCUUCCUUGUCUGUUUGUGGAUGAGCAUGUUCGUUUAAAUGAAAAAAGCCACAUAGAAACCAAGUAUAUCAACAGAGAGGCUGUGCUUCAAUUUGGAAAUGUUGGCGACAAGCCUAUACACCCUACUAUUACCUUCCUCGUCACAGCCUCUAAAGUGGAUAUGAGGCGUUAUUUGGAGGGAAGUAAGGAUACACUUCUCUGUGAGAUCCGUAGAUACAGCACUGGAGGGAUUGUAAUGCGCUGGCCUACUGCAGGAGCGCAGGAUCAUAACGUCUGGUUCACCUGUACAAUACGCCAUACGCAAGGCUUGUUUGUCAUCACCUCCUUCCUCAGACACGCAACUGCAUCUCCUGCCCAAGCACAGAUUGACUUCAUGGAAUGGAAAGAAAUCAGUGAUGGGGAUCUCCUGACAACAUCAGCUGUGAUGGUUGUUUUGACUCAAACACCCUCAGUGAAGGUGAGAUUAUCGAAGGUGCCAAGCCUGCACUGUAAGUUUGCAGUGGAUCAUAAAUUGCCUCAUGCAACAGUGGAGUGGAGACAGCAGCAGCACGGGGAGCGCAGCAAGCUCUUCAGCUAUUCCAGCCGCACGGGGAAGACAGAAGGCAGCGGAGUAGAUGUCCAGGCCAUUUCUGCCGGAAACGCCUCCAUUAAACUUCCCCCCACCAGUAUACACAGCGAGGGCACAUAUAUCUGCUCUGUGAUGGUUCCUCCUCUCAAUGGCAGCCAGGAUAUUUCUCUUACCAUAAGUGAACAACCCCGUGUGUCUAUAAACGUGAUUUCCCCCUUGACUUUGACACUUGGUAAGGGCGAGAAGCUAAUAUGUGAUGCAGAGGGGUACUAUCCAUUGGAUGCAACUAUUGAGUGGUACAUUGAAGAAUCUGGAGGCAGCCCUACAUCUCCGAUAAUGGAGAAUGUACGGUACUUCAGUCAUCAACAUCACAAAGAUGGCACAUACUCGCACUCAGCCUGGUUCUAUCUGCAGCCUGGCCUGGAGGACUCUGGAAAUAAGUACACCUGCAGAGUAUCCCAUAAGUCCUUACUCAGUCCUAUCCACAAGAGCUUUUAUCUCAUAGUUAAAGGACCUGACUAUACCAUGUGGUAUUUCGUCAUAAUUGCUAUGCUAGUACUUCUUUUUUAUAUAUUUGCUGGUAGAAAAUCAGCAAGAAAGAGGUUUUUUUGAGAACUCAUUCCUGAGGACUUGAAGUAGAGCGUCAUGGAAACUGACAACACAUCCCUCCCUUCUUCUCACUUUCUCCCCUCAUCCCAACGUUUCCUCCUGCUGCUGCGUUUGCCAAGAUCAGGUGCUCUUCAAGAGAAAAUGGGGAGUGUUAUGUGAGGUGUAAUUCCAGAUCUCAUGCUUUAUGCCCUUGUUUACUAUGGGUGAUAAAGCACUGUGGCUCUUUAUGAACUGAAGAAGAACUUGCUUUUGACUUUCUGGGUUGUAUCAUUUUUGGCAUCUAUUGAUUUUAAUGUCAAUUUGCCAUUAAUGCAAAGUGCACUACUGAUGUUUUGAUCAUUUUAAGUUAUAAAAAUAACAAUAUAACAUUGAAUGUGAGGAAAGGUAUAAAUGAGUGUUUUGGCACUUCAGUUGCAAAAAUAAAUUGAAUAUUUGUAAAAUGUUUGUUUAAUUAGUUUUACGUUCUGAUUGCAUCAAAUUUAAAUAUAUCCAUCUUCAGAGAACUUUGUGUGAUGUUUGCAACGCUGUUUUCCACUCACAGUGAAAGCCAACACCAAUGGCCUGAGGGGUUUUUAAGUAUUCUUGGCUAAAUACUCAUCUCUGGACCACAGUGCCCCCCUGUGAGGCAUCUCCCUGACUCCCAGUUAGCUACACUAUAAACACUUCACUCAGGAAUGGCAGCUGUUCCCAAAUGGCACUUGGUACAUUCCCCUUCUCCCACAGUACCCUCCUCAUCUCUCUCUCACUCACUCUCUCUCAUCCCAGCCACAAUGUUUUCAAAAGCACAAUGGAGCCAUUAUCAGGAACUUUAUACUUGAAUUCAGAAUCCCUGGUUUUAUUAGUAAUGUUAUUGUGCAUGCGUUGAUUGAAAUAAUAGGUUUUGUUUUAUUUCAAUGACUAUUCAGCGGUGAUGCUCACUGGGCUUGUUGUAAACUAGCAUGCCUGGUGGGUCAGCAGCCAGAGGAAGGUCAAUGCUCAGUGCUCAGCUGCCCUGGGACCCUAUGAGGCUUAUGCCUUAAAAAAAUCAAGAGUCUCUAUUACACCAACUGCAUAAACGAUGGGCCGCCUGCCCUUGCCUCGUGAUCUGUUAUUAGCCCCGUCGGUUUCCAUUUGACCUGAUGACAUUUUAUACAACAGUGGCUUGUUUUAUUUCGGUUAAUGUGUUGUGGAAGUUAGAAACAUUUUUCUAGCACAAUUUAAUCAGCCGAGCUGAAUUAAAGAAUGAUUGGGGUUGAUUAAACCUCUCUGAACCUGCAAUAGGCGACCAUGUGGCGCUUGUUUCAGCACAGAUGGGAUUUAAAAACAAACAGACCUCAUCACUCUGGGAGGUGAGGAGACUGAUUCAAAGAGAAUUGAUGGAACGGCUUGUUUUGUUUCCAAAGCCCAGGAACACUGAGCCAUGUGACUGCUGAUGGUGGUCAGUGCUCUGGGGAAAUCAAUAAGGGCUCAGUUUAUUUUUCAUAAUUAAUGGAUAAAUAUUUCUCUAAGGGACUUUAAGGUACAAUAGAGAAUUUUCAAUAUAGCGCUUUUAAAGAAGCAGUUCAUCCCAAAAUGAAUUUUGUCGCC